AUGAAGGUCUACUUCGAUGUGUUCAGCAACGAUGAAGUUCUUUCUGACUCAUACCCAAUCACUGUUGAGCAUGAAGAUGUAGUCCUUGAAGUCGCCUCCAGAGUCAUUGUUAAAGGAAAUGAGCAAUUUGAUAUUGGCCGUGGCAAUGAAUUCGGAGGUGGUGCCGAAGAAGAAGCUGUGGAAGAUACUGCUGAAAGAGUCAACGAAAUUAUUGCUGCUUUCAACCUCCAAGAAGUCCCAUUCACUAAGAAAGAAUACACUGUCUAUAUCAGAGGAUACAUGCAAAGACUCAAGAAGCACCUAGAAGAGAGCAACCCAGACAGAGUUGCCACCUUCAUGGCAGGAGCUUCUGCAUUUGUCAAAAGAGUCUUGGCUAACUUCAACGAGUUCAAGUUCUACGUAGGAUCAAGCUAUGACCAGACAGCUGGAGUCAUCCUUUCAUACUUCAAAGAAGAGUCAAAUGAAGCUCCUCACUUCUUAUACAUCAGAGACGGACUGAGAGAAGAGAAGUUUUAA